CUAACUUUGCGCAUUGUGGUUUCCGUAGAGUCACAUCGCCAUGGCAAGCCGAAAAACUUUGCACCCAAACCGGGACAGUGAGGACAAAUACUCGAUACUAUUACCUACCUAUAACGAAAGGGAAAACCUACCUUUGAUAGUGUGGCUUUUGGUGAAAUAUUUCGGUGAAAGUGGCUAUAACUACGAGGUAAUUAUCAUUGACGACGGAAGCCCGGAUGGGACCCUGGAGGUGGCAGAGCAGUUGCAGAAAAUAUAUGGAGAGGACAAGAUACUUCUUCGACCAAGAGCAAAAAAAUUAGGACUUGGCACUGCCUACAUCCACGGCAUUAAGCAUGCUACUGGGAACUUUGUAAUCAUAAUGGACGCCGAUCUUUCCCAUCAUCCCAAAUUCAUCCCAGAAUUUAUUGAAAAGCAGAAGGAAGGUGAUUACGACCUGGUGUCUGGUACUCGAUACAAAGGGAACGGUGGCGUAUACGGCUGGGAUCUGCGCAGGAAACUGAUCAGUCGGGGAGCCAACUUUUUGACUCAAGUGUUGUUGAGACCCGGUGCUUCCGACCUCACAGGCAGCUUCAGGUUGUAUAAGAAGGAGGUGUUGGAGAGUCUGGUUGAGCGGUGCGUGUCCAAAGGGUAUGUCUUUCAGAUGGAGAUGAUCGUCCGCGCCAGACAGCUCAACUACACAAUCGGAGAAGUACCCAUUUCCUUUGUGGAUCGAGUUUAUGGAGAGUCCAAACUUGGAGGGAACGAGAUUGUGUCGUUCGUGAAAGGACUGAUCACACUCUUCGCCACGACAUGAUCAGCGAUGUAAUCAUUUUGGAUAUCCAGUCAUAUAGUGUUCAUUUCACUCUUAACGUCGCUGUCUUUAAUUGGUAGUUGUAUCAGAAUCCUAACGUCUAGACAGUGACAUGACGGCAAAUGACAAGGGAGACAUCUCUCUCCCCUGUUAGCAGUAAAUAUGAAACAAUUCUCUGCCGGUAGUCGUCCGGAAUACUGAAGGAACAUAGUGUAUUACAUUCCCAUCACCCUCUUCGAUGAAUUUUGAACAAAGUGCAUUCCCAGUCCAGACAGCUGACUGAAAUUUACAUUAACAAGGUUGUCAGAUGGGUUUAGGUUUAACUGCUACACCUGUGAUUGUUUGUAUAAAAUUAAAAGGUUUGUAUUGUUGGCUAUG